AUGGGCCAUGCUGGAUGGGGUGGAGAUACGCUGAAGGCAAAGUCUGCCCUCAGCAGCAGCGCCCUCCUGGCGUUGGUGGACUCAGGCCAGGAAGUCAUCCGAUGCAACUUCACCGCACUGGCCGCCGAUGUGGCGGCGUCGCUGGGCCAGCGGCUUGUCGAGCGCGGCACAGUGCGGAGCCUGGAUCUGUGCUACUGCGAGCUCGGGGCACUGGGUGUGGAGGCACUGGCUGCCUCUAUAGCUCGACCCUCCGGGCUGCGGCAGCUGUCGCUAGGCGCAAAUGCCAUGACCGCCAGGGGGGCCUGCGCGGCGGCAUCAUUAGCCACCGGCCUCAAGCGCCUGGACCUGGAAAUCAACCAGCUUGGGGACGAGGGAUGCAAGUUCGUGUCGCAGAAGGUCCUUCUUCGUGUCAGCACCACGCUUCAACACCUCGACUUAGGGAUGAACUCCAUCGGCCGUGAGGGGGCCCUUGCUCUGGCGGAGGCGCUCGGCGCGAACACGGCCCUGACAUGGCUGGAUCUUGGCUACAACCGCAUUGGCUCUGAAGGAGCCGAGGCCCUGGCGCACGCGCUGACGAGCAACACAACACUCAAGGUCCUGCGGCUGGAGGACAAUGCCGUGGGAGACUUGGGUGCAGCUGCGCUGGUCUCUGGCGCCGGGAGGCUUCAUGAACUAGAGCUGGCUUUCAACCAGGUGAGGGCUGAAGGCGCCGUGGCUGUGGCGGCUGCGCUUCGCUCGCAUGGCUCUUUGCGGCGUCUGGGCCUCCAGGGCAACGAGCUGCGGGACGCAGGUGCGUCGGCUCUCGCAGCCGCGAUUUCAAAGAACUGCGGACUCCAGGAGCUCUCUCUGCGAAGCAAUGGGGUUGGCAGCGCAGGGGGCUCGGCCUUGGUACAGGCUCUGCGAGGUAAUUGGCGACUCACGGCGCUGGACGUCACAGAGAACGCCGUUACACAGGAGGCUGCCACCAGCAUCGCCGAAAUGACCCGUCAGGCACGCUUGGUACAGGAGGAGGCGCUCAGGGCGCCGACUAUCCGGGAGCUCACAGAGGGAACCGUGAGGCGAUUUCCCACGGAGUGGAGCGUGCGAGCCUGGUUAGGCUGGCUCUCCAAGGAUGCACGCGAAACUGACGUGAAGACAAUGGUUGCCGUCUCGCACGCUGCGGCAGUCAUGUCAUCAGAUUCCGACGUGCUGAGUUACGACCUCGCGCGCCUCCGUGACCUGGCAUCGAUCUAUGGACGGCGCUUGGCUCCGGGGGGCAGACUCAAAGAAGCGGCCAAGGGUGUGUUCCUGCUGAACCUGACGCCCUUCAGCGUCCAGGCGACCGUCGGAAAAGGCUCGAAGGCCGUUCAGCUGAAGGAGAACUCAGGGAUGCCUUUGGGCUCGGACGCGACUACUAUCCGCCUCACGCUGUCCCUGUCGAAGGACUCGCCCGUGUGGCUGCCGCAAACAUUGCCACAGGUUGUGGUGACGCCAGUCGCAGGCGAGCAGUCCGUUGAGCUGCCAGACGCAGAGCACCUUCGGGUACUUUCCUCGAGGUGGAGAGCGGAGGAGUCCAGCCAUGCCCAGCUGAUCACCUUGCUCUGGUCUUGGCCACACAGGCUGCGUGGCAUCCGCUUCCAUGACCUCAGCUUCUGGUGGCAGGGAGCGCGUGGUGCGAUGCAGGGCGAGGCCACUGACAUGAAAUCCGCCAUCACCCGUGUCGUGCUGCCCGACACGGCUCUGGCGCAGUGUUCGCUUGCAGAGCUGUAUACCCCUGGCCCGGUGCAGACCUUCGUGUCGCAUCAUUGGGGCCAAGAUGUGGAUGAGCUUUUCAAGUCCCUCUCACACUGCAGUAUGCGCGCAGAGAACACGCGCCUUUGGAUCUGCGCUUUCUCGAACAACCACUGGUCGCCAGCGAGGGACGAGGACCGGCUUUCGCUGAGCGGCGAUGCCCUCACCAGCCGGAGCUGCCACAGCUUUGUGAUGAUCCUGGGGACCGAAGCCCAGAGCCUUCGCAGACUGUGGUGCCUCCACGAGGCUUUGCUGGCCACGCAAGUGCGUGGAUCUGGGCGUCCCAUGGUUCUGAAGCUCUGCUCCCCACAUGGGCUCCUCAGCGAGGGCACGGGUGGAAUGCCCAUAAGCUACAUCCUCAAGGUGAGCAGCGCCAUCUCCACUUUGGACCUUCAGAUUGCGCAGUGCGACAGCACGGCCGAAAAGGACAUGCUGCUCGAUGCAGUGCAGAGGUUGGCCGGAAGCAUCUCAGCAGCCAACCUCCGCUGCCGACAGUUCCUCCAGGAUGGCCUGAGCGUCAUGCAUCAGCGAGGUCAGCAGAUCUUUGUCCAGGCUGUGUCAUGGCUGAAUGGCACGAAGCUUUCGGCCAAAGAAGACGAUGCGGGCUACUCACCGGAGCAGCGUGCCGUGACAGGUGACCCCGCUGACUCUCCUGAACCUCUUCCUGGAUCUUCAGAGGAGCAAAGCCGUGCGUCAAGCAAGGCCUCGAGUCCGGGUGAAGAGGAGGAUGAGCAGCCUGCGGGCUUGGCCGAACGGCAGGAGGAGUCCGAGGAUGUCCAGGAUGAGCAGCCUGAGGGCUUGGCCGAACGGCAGGAGGAGUCCGAGGAUGUCGAGGAUGAGCAGCCUGCGGGCUUGGCCGAACGGCAGGAGGAGUCCGAGGAUGUCGAGGCGCCACUGGGUGAAGAGAUACAAGACGAGGAUGAGCAGCCUGCGGGCUUGGCCGAACGGCAGGAGGAGUCCGAGGAAUCCGAGGCUGCGCUCGAGGCUCCCGGUGUCUCUGUGGACAGACGCACUUCAAAGGAGUCCACCUCGUGGCAAACGGAGGACGAUCGCCAUUCGAGCGAGGGCACAGACGCAGAGGCGGAUGCGGCAGAUGCUGGCACGGAGGCCAGCUACGAAGAGGUUCGGCAGACGCAGAGCUUUGAGUCGGAGGUGGAGGCGGCGAGCGGGACCGUGGAAUCCGGCCAGAAGGAGGAAGGCUCGUCGAGGCCCUCAAGCCCACGGGAAGGUCCUGGAAGCUCCCCGCCAGAGUCUGACCACGAAAGCGAGCGGGAGGACGAAGAACGCCAAGAGACCGAGUCCGAAGAGGACAGUGAGCCACCUCGCAAGCGCAAAGCCCCGGCGGUCGACAACCAGGACAUGGAGCGCAGCUUUUCAGACAGCUCCCGCAGCUUGGAAGACGACAGCGAACGGGAAGGAACUGGGCCAGACGAGUUGUCGCAAGCUGCACCAGUUGAGGUGACGGUGGUCCGCGCUCCUGCAAAGGAGGAAGACGACCCGGGAACCGACUGUGGUCACGCAGGCCUGCAGCAGCUAGCGCCGGCUUCGGUGCCCGUGAACGGACCCGCUUCGCCGUUCUUCAGACCCUUUCCUGGGCCCGAUCAGGGAGAUGUGGACACACCCAUGCCAAGCGACGCUGACUUGGACGACGCUGACCCGUGCAAGUCGCCAAGCCUAACACCCAGCUUCUCGCCGGAACCUGACGCGAUCUCCUGCUUUUCCUUCGGGGAAACCCGAGAGAAAGCCGGCUACAUGGCUGCGGCCGAGGCGUCUUUAGACCAGGACUCUUCGCCGGAUGCAUCGGCAUGGAGAGAGGAAGAUCUACACUUUGCACGCCCAGCUAUUCCCUCCUGGCCACCGCCUGCUCCGCAGCCAACUCGCCGGAUGCCCUCGGAUCCACGGGAGCUCGCGGACACUGUGGCAUGGACAGUGAUGAGCUCCAGCUUCUCUCGUGGCGUUUCUUUGGACCAAUCGCCUUCUGCUGCCGAGCUGCCAUCCCCACAAUCACCACAAGGUCCACAAGGUGGCUUCGCGUUCUCACGCGGAGUUUCUUUGGAGCAAGAGGUGGCUUUCGCUCGGAUCACAUCGGGCAAUUCCCAGACAGAUGCUGAGGACUGCCUCCUGUCUCGCUCAGCCUCCUUCGCUCGAGGCUUCUCCGAAGAUGAUCUGGCGGCUACCCUGAUGAGGGCCUUUCAGUCGCUCAACGUCGAGCGUUUGCCUCUCCGGGCGCUUCUCUCGGCCCUGGGUCGCGCUGAAGACGAGGCCUCUACCUUGGCCGAGUCGUUGCUUCCGCACCUGCCCAACUCGGAGGCAGAUGGCUGUGUGAGCUGUGACGAGCUCACCCGCUGGCUGGCCAUGCCCAAAUGA